CUGUUGAGAUAUAAUGUUCAAACCAGCUGUCAAUUGUGUUAUGUUUUGUCGCAUUUAAAUAUUUGAUUUUAAAUAAUUUCAACGUAAUUUUACAAGCCGUGGAUUUGAGACUGUUUCUGUUUAAGCAAGCAAAGAUAAUUUAAAGUUAAAUUUCUAUUUAAAAACGAAAGUAUUAACAAAAAAGAUAUGGAUCCAAAGUUAAAAUUCAUUUUGAUUGAAAACCUUUCGCCGGAAUGGAAAAAAUUUGCUUAUGGUACUGGAAUAAAUUCAGCUGUUGUUGAUUAUGUUGAUCUGGAUGAUAGGAGUUAUCAAGACAAAUUGGAAACCUUUCUUAAUGAACUGGUUAAACGAAAUGCAACUAAUUUUGUUUCAAUGAUUGAAAAGUCUUUAAAGGAUUUAGGGAACAUGCGUGUCUUAAAUGAAGUAAAUACUUUUUUUGCUGUUAGAAGAUUGAAACUACAUUAUAUUACAACUUAUGGUGAUUUUAAUCAACAAAUCAAUCAUCUUUUCACAAACCAUUUUGAUUUGGUUACUGUGGAUGAAAUUGAUUAUAAAAACUCUCUAGAAAAAAAUGAGUGGGAAGAUUUUAUUGAAAAACAAAACGGUUAUGAAACAAUAACAUUUGAUGAGGUGUUUGCACAUGAAAAACCACUAAUUUUGAUUUCUGGUGUUGCCGGUAUUGGAAAAACUUAUUUUCUUGAAAAAUGUAUUUAUCGUUGGGCUGAAGGACAAGUUUUAAAAAAUGUAGAUUUUUUUUUUUAUUUCAAAAUAAAAAAGUUAAAUGAUUUUCAGAACAUUUCAAGUUUGAAUGAACUAAUAAAGAAGUUUUAUGGAAAUAUAUUGAAAGUUUCAGAAAUUUCCAAUCAAUGGUCAGUUGCACUGAUAUUUGAUGGAUUAGAUAAAUUUGUUCACCUCGACAAAUUUUUUAGUCAUAAAUUAGGUAAAUAUUCCGAUAUGCCAUUAAUCAAUACAUUAGAGGAUGUACUUAGCAUGAAAAGAAUCAAGUGUAUUUUUGCAGGAAGAGUUCAAGCUAUAGCGAAGUUCUCAAGAACUAGCAAAGAAAGUAAUAAAAUAAGAAACAUUAAUAUAAUGGGAUUGAGCUGUCAUGGUAUUAAAUUCUACAUGGAAACCACUUCACUAAGUAAUACUCUAAAAAAUGAUUUGAAUGAAAUUUUGUCAUCUUCAAUUGAAGGAAAGUCAUUACUCUCUGUUCCUCUUUAUCUAAAAGCGGUAUGCGAAGCUGUUAUAAAAUUGUUUCUUGUAUCUGUAAAAACAUUCACUGAACUCCAAAUAUUAAUUUUGUAUCACUUUAUCCAAAAUACCAAACCUGAAAUCCCAUUAUUUGAUAAACUAAUGCAAAAUAAAAAUAUUUUUUUAGAAAUUUGCAAAGUUGCAUUUGUUUUGAUUAAAAAGAAAAGUUUUUAUAUGUUGCAAGAAGAAAUCCACCAUAUCAAUAACAAACACGGUUUUGAAACAAUUGGUCUUAUUGAAAUUUCACAAGUUAACAAACAGUACGAAUUCACUCAUUCUAUAUUAAUGAAAUUGUGCGCAUCUAUUUAUAUGUAUUUGAGUGUAAGUCCUCAUAUAGCACUUCAAGAUAUACUACUUCACGAAUGUAUACCUUCUGUAUGUGGCUUGGCGUACAGCAGAGAAAAAGUAUUUUUUAGUUUAUUCAGAAACUUUGAAAAACCCGGUUUCGAAAAAAAGUCUUGGCUUCAAGAUAUCUUUCAGUUCAACGACAGAAGAUUGUUUAUUCGAUGUCUUUAUGAAUCCCAAACCUCGUUUAAUGACAUUUUGAACGUAUCUAUGGAGAAAAUAAUAGGGUGGUAUCAAAACCAUUCCCUUGCAGAAAUAAUGGCAGAAAAAUACUUUAUAAAAAAAACUGUAGAACUUCAAAAACAAAUGGAUAUGAAAGAUGGAUAUGAUAUAAAAGUUCGCCUCAAGGGAAUAUUAAAGCAAAUAGUAGAAGCAAUACAAAAUGUUAGUCGCUAUAGCAACAAAAUUAACGAUAAUGAAAAUAUUCUUAAAAAAGUAGAAAAUAUACAAAAAGAUAUUUUAGGAGAGAAACAUGAGGACACACUUGCUACACAAUUUUUGAUAGCUAUGUGUUUAUAUAAUAAAAAAGUAUUUAGUAACGCGGAAAAUUUGUUUCGGGAAGUGGAAAACAGGCAAAUAGAAAUAUUAGGAGAUAGAAAAGAACCCUUAAUAAAAACUAAAUACAUGAUUGCAAUGUGUUUAUAUAACAAAAAUCAAUUUAGUAAUGCUGAGUAUUUAUUGAGGGAAGUAAAAAAUAUGCAAGAAGAAGUUUUUGGAACAAAAAACGAGGAUACAAUAAAUACUAACUACUGGAUUGCAAUAUGCUUGUUUGAUAAAAGACAAUUUGAAAAUGCAGAAAAAAUAUUUAAAGAAGUAGAAGGUUUGCAAAACGAAAUUUUUGGGGAAAAACAUCAAAAAACUCUAAAAACUCGUUACUGGAUUGCAAUGUGUUUGUAUGAUAAAAAAAAGUUUGAUGCUGCAGAAAAGUCUUUAAGAGAAGUUGAAAACAUGCAGUAUAAAUAUUUAGGAGAAAAACACGAAGAUACAUUGACUACUAAACAUUGGAUUGCAAGAUGUUUAUACGAAAAAAAAAAAAUUGAAGAAGCAGAAAAACUCUUUAGAGAAGUGGAGAUUUUGCGAAAAGAAGUUUUAGGAGAAACACACGUUGAUACAUUGAAUACAAAACGCUGGAUUGGAAGUUGUGUCAGUAAAAAAUGAAAAAAAAAAAAAACUUCGAUUACAAAUAGAAAUUAGAUCAAUGAUUAUUUUUAAAUCAAUGAUUAUUUUUAAAUAUUUUUUGAGUUUAAAAUGUUAUUAUAGUAAAGUGAUUGAAAAUAGUUUAAUUUAUUUUAGAAAUCGGCUAAUUAGUUUUACUUUUAUUUGUUAUAUUU